UAAAGUCGAAACUAGAGGAGAAACGAUUUGUCCGUUUUACGAUGUAGUCGGCUCGAUCGCGCACCGUCGUUUCAUAGGCCACGAGGGGCCAAUGUUAACGAGACGGUUAAAGACGUUGUUACCGGCGCUACACAGGCAUCGCGCUCGGUGCGUUUUUAAUUCAAUUUAGCGAACGUGUCAUCUCGUACGCUUAGCUCGCGAUGAUUCACCGUGCGUUGCGCCGUAUUCGUCGUGUCGUACCUCGAAUCGGAUCGGGUCGAGCUGGAUCGGAUCGGAUCGGAUCGGAUCGAAUCGGAUCGUUUCAGGUUAGGAUUUUCAACGAAAUUUCGAAGGAAAAUCGAUCGCGACGAUGAAAAUCCGCCGGGCGUGAGCGCGAGUCGGAGUCUCGCUUACUUUCACUCGAAGACCGGGAGUUUCGAACGCGAAUGCCGUGUGCAGCGGUUCACUCUCGUUCGGAUACGUAUUAUGCAUAUCGACCGAGCGACGAACAGCUAGGAUUUGUUAGAAAGAGAUUGGAAGUUGGCGAGAAUCGGCGUAAAAUACGAGAAAAGUCGAGCGACGAAGAAGCAAUUGAUGCAAAGCCGCGUUUCCUCGCUCGGAGCUCGCGAGUAUCGUUUUCGUAUCGGAAAAGAAGCAAUAUCGAGGGAGUGGGGUUGGGGCGAAUAAGUCGAGGGGAAGAUGCAGAGGGAACUCGUUAUGUUCGCGCGUACGAUUCCGGGAACUCGUUUGGUUUGUCUCUGACGUCCAUCGUCUAGUUAUGCAAUUUUCUGGUUCAAUAUCCAUUUACCGUGCCUUCGACGGAAUUCUCCGACGUCUCGGCGAUCCGUCGACGACGACGGAAAACCGGCGCAAAGACGGAACGAUAAUUCAGGUUGAAUCAGACCGAUCGUAGUUGGUUUCGUCCGUGGAGCGUGAAACCUUCCGAGUAAGAGCAGGAAGCGUACGAGCUUAUAUAAUCGCGAGUAAUUGCCGGUUUGUACGCGUAGGUAGGUAUAUAGGUUCGGCAUUUCAAAAUCGAAGAGGGUUACGUGCGUUCCGAGGAGGAUGAUACUCGCACGAUGCUCGACUCGAUGUUGCGAGGUUUUUGCCGUAACAACCAGUUUGAGCGGUCUGUGAACAAAUUCGCGAUCACACGGCUGCGUCGUUUCCAUAGCUUGUCACUGUCGAGCUUGUUUCGUUGAUCUCCGACGGAUCGAUUUCCACGCGAUGGAACGUAACGCGACACGAUACCUUGAUACUGGAACGAGCGAGAGAGAAUCGAAUGGUAUGGAAAGGAAUAGAACGGAAUGCAACGAAGGCGAAGACAGAGGAAAGGGAGAAUCGUGCGUUGCACGCGGUAGUUACGAGCUCUCUCUCUCUCUCUCUCUCUCUCGUUCCAAGUCGUACGUGUCGCGAUUACACCGACUAGUCGAUUGAGCGAACGCGUUACAUUCCUUUCGAGUUAAUAUCGUCGACUCUGGCGGCAAGGGAGAGAGCGAGGAGUUGGACGCGAACGCGGGGCAGCGGUGGCUGUCGGGGCAUUGAUGAUCAUCGUUGCCGCGAUUUUGGCUGCGGUCUUUCCAAAAUUGGUCGACGCUUUGCUGAACAGAGAGAUCGCCCUUCGUGAUGGUGGCCGCACGUUCAACUGGUGGAGGGAACCUCCGUUGUCACCUCGAUUGAGCGUCUACAUUUACAAUGUGACGAACGCCGAUGAAUUUUUAAACGAUGGCGAGAAACCAGCAUUGGUGGAACUCGGGCCGUACGUGUACAUGCAACACUGGGAAAAGGUCGACGUAAAAUUCAACGAUAACGAUACGUUGUCGUACAAAAUGAAGAAGGAGUUUGUUUUCGUACCGGAACUGUCGGUCGGCUCGGAAGAGGAUUUGGUCGUGGUGCCGAACAUACCGAUGCUUUCGGCCACCACCCAGUCCAAGAAUGCGGCGCGUUUCUUGAGGCUGGCGAUAGCCUCGAUCAUGGACAUACUGAACAUAAAGCCGUUCGUCGAGGUUUCGAUCGGUCAACUACUCUGGGGCUACGAGGACCCGUUGCUCAAGUUGGCCAAGGACGUGGUUUCGAAGGAUCAAAAGUUGCCGUACGAUCAAUUCGGUUUGUUGUACGGGAAAAACGGGACAACGCCCGACUGGUACACCAUCUACACCGGCCAAGAGGACAUCGGUAAAUACGGAAUUCUGGACAAGUGGAACGGAAAGGGCAACCUGGGCCACUGGACCACGGCGGAGUGCGACAGCGUCGCUGGUAGCGACGGAAGCAUCUUUCCGCCGCGCAUCACCAAGCAAACGGUGCUGAAAGUGUUCGACAAGGAUCUUUGCAGGGCAUUGCCCCUGGUGUUUAAGGAGGAGGUGACCACAGCUGGUGGAGUACCCGGGUAUAGGUUCGUGCCCGCGAACGACGCGUUCGCUUCUCCGAACAGAUUGGAAACACAGCGAUGUUUCUGCCCAGCGGGUCCACCUUGCGCUCCCGAGGGAACCUUCAACGUCUCGCUCUGCCAGUACGAUUCGCCGGUGUUGCUCAGUUUUCCGCAUUUUUACCUUGGGGAACCGUCGCUUCGAGAGUCGGUAAGCGGAAUAUCGCCGCCGGUCGAGGACAAGCAUCAAUUCUACAUCGACGUUCAACCGAUGAUGGGCACAUCGUUGAGAGCGAAAGCAAGAAUUCAGAUAAAUCUGGCGGUGAAGCAAGUGCGGGACAUUAAACACGUCGCCUCGUUCCCGGAUAUCGUUUUCCCGAUCAUGUGGUUCGAAGACGGCAUCGACGAACUUCCGGCAGAGAUGCGAAGCCUGAUGAAGAUGGCCGUGGACGUGCCACCGAUAGCACGAGCAGCGGUAUCCGGAGCUCUGGCAGCGAUAGGAGCGAUCGUUUUGAUAGGAGCGCUCCUGUGUCUGGCGCGCGCCGCCAAACGACAAGAGAAGCUGCAUCUUACCAAUCCGUUGCCGUCGAACGCGACCGCCGGCAAAACCGGUCAGCUGAACCCGGCUUUCCAGAAUUCAUCGAGUUCCAAGUAGAUCGUCCGGUUGCUCGGUCGGCCGUUUCUACGUCCUGCGAUCUCGAGCGUGUACGCGUUAUGUUUUCACCCUGGCAAUUUUCCAAGGGAUACAACGAUCGAGAGAGCGAGAGACGUAUAGAGAGAGAUAUAUAUAGCGAGAGAGAGAGAGAGAGAGAGAGAGAGAGAGAGAGAGAGAGAGAGAAACAAUUAGGAUCGCUGCGUAAGAAUCGUUUCGAUCUUGAAUCGCUGUCGUUGUCGUCGUCGUUGCCGUUGACGUUGUCGUUGUCGUUGUCGUUGUCGUUAUCGUUGUCGUUGUCCUUGUCGUCGUUCUUAUUCCCUCUUAGAGAAAAGGGGAGAGGGCAAUCACGUUGUUUCGCGUAACGAUAACGUUUACCUUUUACGAGGACUUUCGCCGGGUAGUAUAACGACGGCCGGCCGUUCCGCGCUUCGUUCGCGCGUAUAUUCCGCUCGUCGAGCGAUACCUCGGUUUCCACCGAAUCGUUCGCGUCUUUGUAGAUUCGUGCGAAUUCGAGCGAACGAGGUAGGAAAGCGAAGCGGAAGAGACGGAAGUACGCGUCGAAGUUUCAGCGUGUUGCGUGUCGCGUGCGUGUACGUGUGUGCGCGCAUGCAUACGCGCGUACAAGAAGAGAGGAGAACAAUUACGAGAGCGUGCGAAGAGGAGAAGGGAAUUAGGAAUAGAGGUGGGGUGUAAAAGUAGUAGGAAGAAAGUACGGACGAAUUUCUAUCGUGGAACGAGCUCCAUCGUCCGGACGAAUCAUCGUCAUCGAUAGCCGAUUUAUCGAAGACCGUGUGCGUCAGCGAUCGAUAAAUAUUCUCGUCUCUCGUUACCGUACAAGAGAAAAUCCUUCCGUCCAACGUACACUCGAUCGAGUGCGCGAGAUCAGACGCGAGCCAAGUCGUCGUCCUCGGACUUUGACGCACCUGGUUGCCGUCGAGAUCUAAUUGUUAUUCAUUUACCUUCGUUUAUUUGUAUUUCGUUGUAAACACGUUACUCGAGAUAGACUACGGUUAGAUUUCUAGAUGAAUUUAGUUUUUUACGAUACGGCAAAGGGGGGGUGGAGAGGAGGUGUGGGAGGAGGAGGUAGAGAAAGAGAGAGGGAAAGCAGAAGAAGGGGAAGAAAUUGGAGGAGGAGGGGGAGGAGGAGGAGAAGGAGGAGGUGGAGGAAGACAGAAAAAUAAAGUAGCCAAAUAGUUUUGAAAUCGGAUCGAUUGGAGACGAUUUCGAACGACGUCGUGGAAAUUUACAAUAAAACCGCGUGCGACAAGUA